AUGCGGCUGAUCGACCGCUCCGACUCCCCCCAGGACGUGGCCGCUGCCGUCGUAUGCUCCGCCCUCCUCGUCCUCUCCGCUGCCUCCGCCGCAGCCGUUCUUCGUGUACGCCGCCUCUGCCGCAGGCGCCUCCACGACAUCGUCAACCCGCUCUGGUCCGUCCGCCUCGUCCUCCUCCUCUUCGCCUCCAUCUGGUCCCUCUCCGACAUCCUCCGCUCCCCAAUCUUCCGACGUCGCCUCCCGCUCCCCUUCCGCCGCCGCCUGGACAUCCUCUGCCACGCCCACCUCGUCGCCACGCAGGCUCUAGCCGAGCCCGCCUUCCUCACCGUCGUCCUCUUCCUCCUCCGCGCCUCCAUCCGCCCCAAACCAGCCUCCUCAGCCUCCGCAUUCGCUGGCGCCAUCGCCGCCGCGCUCGUCUCCGCCCUCCCAUUUCUCACCCUUUACUCUCUCUACCUCACCGUCUCUACCUGGGACCUCCGCCGACUUAGCCUCCCCCCCGUCCUCUUCGGCCCCAGCGACAGCGGUGUAACUUCGAUCUCUUCCUCCGCCGCCGCGGCCUACCAGUGCACGUACCCGCUCAUCGGCGCCGUUCUCCUCGCGGUACUGGGCGCGGUGUACGUACCGGUCUUCAUCUCCGCCUCGUGGGGAGCGGUGUCGGUGGUCAUAAACCGGCGGCUGAGAGCGAGGCUUUACGCGCUCUCCGCCACGGUGGUUGGGGCACUCUCCGUCCAGGUGGCUGCUCUCACCUUCUCAACGCUCUGCAACCCUGGCGACACCGCGUUCCAGUGGCUCUCCCUCGCCGCUGCCGUCGCGUUCGCGACGUUAGCAGCAGUCGGCGAGGCGAUCCUGGUCGUCUGGCCUAUCAUCGAUGCGCUCUCCGUCGGCAAGACGGAGGCAACACCGAAGCACAUGCAAAGCACGUGCGUGGUGGGUGUGCGGGACGUGGCACAGGAGGAGGGGGAGGUGGACGGCGGGUGGUCUGACCGCUAA